AUGAAGUUAUUACCGUUUAUAUUGCCGCUAGCAUCCGCCAUCCAAUGGUUUCCUUUGGACUCCAAGGGCGAGCUUCCUCAGUAUGAGCCCUAUGCUUUUGGACAAGAAGUUGCGUUCGAUUGUAUACAGCGGAAUAUUGAUACGGGUGAACACAAGUUUGAUCAACAAAAUAAAAUUAUCCACGGACCCUUUCCUAAAUGUGAAGAAACAUCAAAACCGUUGAGUUUCAAGUAUGGGGUUAAUGAGGACUUCAACUGUACAAUUCUGUUUACGGACGAGUUGUUUCAUUUAUUUCAACUAUACCUCCAUGAAGAUGUUCCAUUUAGUUGCAGGUUGCCAUUGAGUUCUGAAGUAGCAUCUAUCGAAAAAGGAGGUGCAUAUGUCCCAUUCACAUUCAGCUUUAGAGGAACCUUAACUGACUCGCACAUAGAUGUGGACCAUUCUAUGAACGUGUUGAUUACGAAACCAACCACCAAUGAUCCUGAACAAAACACAUUCAUCAGUGCGAUUGCAUAUGCAUCAGGAACAAACACCACUAGGAUAGUCAUUGGUGAUAAGCUUACGUUAAAUUUUGCCGUGAGGUGGCUAGAUCUGUUACAACCUGUUGGUUACCUACAACUGGAUCAGUCUGAAGUUGAGAAAACACAGGUAUUCUCCUUUGGACGCUGA